CAUAGGCAGCCGGCAGCAGCAGUCAGUGCAGAGAAUACAAAACAACUGCUUAGAAGACGCUCUGCCAGUGAUGUAUGUCCAACCUUUGACUCUAAACGCCCAUUCCGAUUCUAUUGGGCCAACGACGACCACAUGUACUGGACAUUCUUGUUGGAUGCAUCCAAUACAGUUCGUGAUAUAACAGAGGGAUUGAAGUCUAAGGUACCAUCAGGCCAGAACAUCUACCUUUACAAACGUACAAAGGGCAAGUUUGGACGUACAAAGGAUAGGAGACUGUCAAACGAGGAUAGGAUAUGGGAUAUAGUGGACAAGCGAAGAGAUAAUAAUAAGUCCGACCCGACAUUCGUCGUCAAGAAGAAGAAGGCAUCCAGCAGCAGUAGCAAUAAGAAGGGCCAAGUGGAUGACGCACCCUCCCCACUCAGCUACUCGGGUGAGCUGCUCAACACGAGCACCAGCAGCAACACCUCGUCGUCCUUGGUGUCUUCGGCAUCGGGCUCGGCCUCUACUUCUACAACGACCACCACUACCACAACAACUUCAACCUCAGCAGUAUCGCCUACAACACAUACAAGUGGCAUCAAUAACAACAACAACAACUCAAGCACGACACCACCCGUUGCCACGCCACCUAUGCUGCCAUUCCUCAACACAUCGCCCGUGCAACAACGUAAUGGGCUAAGGACAACGAUGGAGAUGAAGCCUCCACCCACAACAACAACAUCGGAGAAUGAUCAAUCAAACGAAUCGACGUCGACUUCGACUUCACAGCCGCAACAUCAGCAGCAACAUCAAACACAUAUAUACAUUCAGCCGUCGAAGCACUCGUCACUCAACUUGAAGUCACCAAGCACCGCAGGACGCACGGGCCAGACGACCAAGGCUAUCAAGGAGCAGCAGGCAUCGUUUGCCUCGCCGCCCUCCUCUCCUGUCGUCGCUUCACAACACACAAGCGGUAGCGGAUCCUCACACUCACCAUCAAAGCCACCCAAGCCUCUGGUGCCGCUGGUCAACAUCAGUGCUACAGGCCCCGUCACGGGCUCCACCGGCAACAGCAACAACAACGCGAUUAACAGCACAGGUAGUAGCGCAGGUGGCCCAAGUCUUAACUCGAGCCUUGGCGGCAGCGGAGGAAUGCCGCGUCCUGCCAGCCCCAACCCGAUCGCCAAGCGUCUGGAGGGCACAAACAGACGCUCGGGCAAGUUGUCUCAGGACAACUCAAAGGACGUGAUGCGCCUGAUGCGCUUCUACUUUGGCGACUUCAACGUGUUUGGUGGACUGACCAACAAUGAUGGAGGCGGACGUUUCUUCACCCUCGCCCUGCUCAAGGAGACGACGGCACGUGACGUUGGCAUCUCGGUCGAACAGAAGCUGCAACUGCCGCCCAACUCAAUCAAUGUGGUGCUGGUGUUGCCCAUCCAGUCCAACGGCUCAAAGAUCGAGCGCAUGCUGGGAGACGAGGAGCUGAUCAUCGACGUCAAGGACACGUGGGAGGACCCCGCGCAGACAUUCUUCAUCGUCAAGGAGAACGACCAAAAGUCGCGCAACAAGAAGCUGCCCAAGCAGCUGGCGGACGUCCAACAGCACAACGUCAUCCCAAGCGAGUGGCGUCGCAGUACUGAUGCGAUCAGUCUGCGGAACACAGCGGAGGACAGCUGGAAACGACGCUCGAUCCCCAUCUUCCUGCAGGUGCUGCCCGGCUCCCCGCACGCCAAGUCCAACGGCGUGGGACCCUCACCGCUCUCGUCCGAGUUCAAUGACUAUUCUGGCCCCGAUCACUCUGCCGACAAGUACGACGACAGCGACGACGAGGACGCCUCUGAGCUGGACGUCACUGAAUUGAUGGGCUGGGCCCAUCUGAUCCCCUCGCAGGACCUCGAGUACAUCAAGCGCAUUGGCUCUGGCACAUACUCAAAAGUUUACAAAGGCCGCUACAUUGACAAGUUCGUGGCGAUCAAGACACUACGUGGCAACAUGACACCCGAGCAGAUACAGGGCUUCAGGAAGGAGUGCGACGUGCUCAGCACCAUCAAGUCGCCACACCUCAUCUCGUUCUACGGCUCAUGUAUCGAGGACAGUCAGCUGAGCAUGGUGGUGGAGUACUGCAGUCGUGGCACGCUCUACAAGGUGCUCAACACCAGCUUUGACUUUGAGUGGGACAAGUGGUUCCGCUGGAUGAUUCAGGUGGUGGAGGGUGUGCAGUACCUGCACAACAUGAACCCGCCCAUGGUGCAUCGCGAUCUCAAGACCCUGAACAUCCUGCUGUCAGCCGAGUACAACACCAAGCUGUGCGACUUUGGCCUGACACGUACCAUGACCAUGACCAACGUCAGCACGCUGGGCAUGCUGCGUGGCACAAUGGCCUACACUGCGCCCGAGAUCUAUGAUGGCAUGCUGUUCAACACCAAGUCCGAUGUGUACUCUCUCGGCGUGAUCAUGUGGGAGCUGGUGCAACGCUGCAUCACUGGCGCCUACCAGCGACCCUUCCACGACUAUCCAAUCUCGAUGGACAUCCAGAUCAUCAUCCUGACAUCCAAGAACAAGGUGCGACCCAAGCUUCAUGAAGGCUGUCCCGAGCGCUUGAAGAAUCUGAUCACAAACUGCUGGGACCAGGAUCCAAACACGCGUCCCACCACCUCUGAUCUCUUGUCCGAGCUCAACGCCAUCAAGAAGCAGGUGAUGAAGAUAGUAGAGAAGAGUGGGAGGUCUUGCGUACAAAAGACUGCCAAGACUGUACAGUUACAGCAACAAACAAUUGCAGCAGCAGCAUCGGCAGCAACAGUGGAGACACCGGCAACAGCAACGCCAACACCUGAGGUCAUUCCUCCUCCAGCAGCAAUAGUAGAGAGCACUACUACAUCCACAACAAACGACAAUGACAACAACAACAACAAUGGUACCAUUAGUGUAGAUAACAGUCACAAUCAUUGUAAUAAUAGCAACAACAACUCCACCACAAUCGACACCAACACAAUCAAUCAACAACAACAAUGUAGCAUAGACGUCAAUCAUAUAGACCAACAACAGGACAUCACUGUGGCAGUUCAACAAAAUGACAGUGAUCAUUGUACAAACAUUAGUAAUAGUAACAACAACAACAACAAUAGCGAUAGCGAUAUCAAUACUGAGCUUGCUGUGGCGCCAACACCAACACCAACAUCAACAUCAGCGAUCACCUCAGAGGUAUCUGAUACCAUUGGCAUGGAAGCAGCGAUCACAGAUCAUUCAUCAUCGCCAACAACAUCAACACCAACAACACCAACCAUACCAACAACAACAACUAUGAGUACAGAGUCGAGUGCUAUGUCACCACUCGAUGUUCCUGUCGCG